AGAUAACAAUCAAGUCUGCAUACAAGAAAGAUAACAACAGAAACAAUAAGUAUACAGGGAUGCCCAGCGAGAUGACAUCCAAAGUUCUUGUCCCGGUCAUCACCAAACUUGACGGGGAAAUUUUUAUCCCACAUAAAGAAGCAAGUAAACAAGAGGAACUGUUUCGGAACAUCCUGAUUGGGCCCAUCUCAAGAGUCUUUGAGGCAGCAAAAAUUGUGCUGGCCGGCACGUUUGACGCACUACAGGUGCCGCCUUCUGACCUGCAGUGGUCGUCCAACACAGACCCGGAUGGAAACCCCCAGUAUUUGGGGGUCCGUUCUAGGGACAUCCGGGUAGGCGUGGUGUUGGAUUCCGGACAGGGCAUAAACAUGGAUGUCCAGCGUCUGGGUCCAGCACGCGGUCGACUCCGGGAGGUGACCUACUGGCAGUAUCAGGUCACAUACAAGGGCGUUGUUUGCUGCGAUCACGGCACCAACGUCCUGUAUGGAGCCUGGUAAAGCUGGUAAGUCAUUGGCAGACCUGACGAAAGGGUUCUUUUAACUUCAUCUAACCGACAAAUUGAUACAUUUUUACAUUUUGUACCUUUCACAUAUCCAGGAAUUUCAACUUGAUAACGUCUUAUAGUGCUAAGUAAGAGAGUAAAAUCUCUAGAUGUUUUUGCAUAGUGUUUAAUAAGUGAUAAUGAACUAUUGCAUCUCC